GUCAUCACAGCAGUCAGUGAUCUCUUGACCUUUAGACUUCCACAUCACAGUAUGGAGUUGGCUCCAAGAUAAGAAACAGAAUAAAUUCUAUAGACAGGCCUGAAUCUCCACUUGCCUGUGGCCAGCACAUCCGAGACGAUGGCAUUCGACGGUACUUGGAAAGUGAACCGGAAUGAGAACUACGACGAGUUCAUGGAAAAAAUGGGGAUCAACAUGGUGAAGAGGAAGCUUGCAGCUCAUGACAAUCUGAAACUGGUCAUCAUACAGGAGGGGAACAGAUUCACAGUCAAAGAGUCCAGCAACUUCCGAACCAUUGACAUUGUGUUUGAACUUGGCACUGCCUUUGCUUACAGCCUAGCAGAUGGAACUGAACUCAGUGGGACCUGGAGCCUUGAGGGAAAUAAACUUGUAGGAAGAUUCAAACGCGUAGACAAUGGAAAGGAACUGAAUACUGUCCGAGAAAUUACAGGGGAUGAGCUCAUCCAGACCUACACGUAUGAAGGAGUAGAAGCCAAGAGGAUCUUUAAAAAGGAAUAAGCACAGUUCUCAGGCACCGCCCGCCCAGAAUACAUAUGCUGGAAGUCUGUCCCAUUCA